AUGGUUCGAUGUGGAAAAGCGUUGACCGGUCCCCCGAACGAACCUUUAAAACAGUUGCUUCCAAUUCGUCUUCAAACGGUUAUUUCCAUUCACUCGAUAUUGGACCUUGUCAAACAAGUGAAUGCUAGUGAGAAGAUCGGUUAUGGAGGCGAAUAUACAACAACAGAAACUCAGUGGAUUGGUACUGUGCCUAUAGGAUAUGCAGAUGGAUUACAUCAAUAUUUCAAAGCGACUGGCGUCCUUGUUGAAGGAAAGCGAUUACCAAUCGUUGGACGUAUCGCCAUGGAUCAACUUAUGAUUGGUCUCGAUCGAAAGUACCCCGUUGGAACUCGUGUAACUUUUAUCGGACAGCAAGACAAUCAGACAAUUAUGGCUGAUGAAGUUGCUCGAGAAGCAAACAUACCAAGAUCAGAGACAUAUGAAGAAUUUCGAAAAGAACGAUUGAAAUUAAAUUAUGAUUGUACAUUAAAAUUAUGGUAUUCACUACCUGAUACUCUACCAACAAAUGAUAAUAAUCGAGUGAGACGACAAACACGUAAACAACAACGAGCACGUUUCAGAAAAAUAAGAAAUUAUUUGGUUUAUGCUAUAUUGUUCAAGAAAACAUCUCUUAAGAAGAAAAUUAAGUCAACAGUUUUUCGACUAUGGAAUGAAACAUUAAAUAUCCCCCCAUCAAAUGAUGAAUUUAUUCGUGAUUUACAUCAAUUAAUGGGUCGAGUCACUGUAGAGUUUUGUAAUAGAGGACGACAAUAUGAUCCAACAAUCAGUUAUGAAGAAUUAUUUAAAGCUGGUCGAAGUGUUUGGUUUAUGAGUGCUUUUCACCUUGAAUGCAAUUUACCUUUAAGUUUCACUGAUUCUAUGCUUGGUUAUAAUAUGCUUUAUCCAUAUACAGAUGAUUUAGUCGAUUGUAACGAUAUAAGUCGAGAAGCAAAAGCCGAUUUUGCAAAAAUUUUUCAUGAACGACUAUUGGUUGGUGAACCAACAUAUGAUUCUCAAGUACAUUUUGAUGGAAAACAAUCAAAUGUUACUGAAUUAAAUUUACCAUCAUCAUUACAAGCACAAGCUAAUCGUAUAGUAAAAAUAUUUGAUAUGGUUAAAUUUAUUGAAAAUGAUUGGAGACGUGGUGGUGAAUAUGAAGGUGUUUAUAUGAGUUUAACUACAAUACAUGAAGCACAAAUGAAAUCAACAUUACAACAUGCAAGAACUGAAGAUGAUUAUGCACCAACCAUGGCACAAAUUGAACAAAUUAGUGCAGAAAAAGGUGGCGCAUCAGUAAUAGCUGCUGGAUUUUUACUUCAAGGACGAUUAACAAGAGCUCAAAUGGCUUAUUUAGAAUAUAUAGGAUUUGGUUUACAAUUAAUUGAUGAUUUACAAGAUCUAAAAGGAGAUAUGAAAAAUAAUCAUCGAACAGUUUUUACUCAAACUCUUGCUGAAGGUCGAACAUUAGAUGCACCCACAGCACGUCUUAUACAAUAUUGCUAUUGUGCACCAGCAUAUGAAAAAUUUAGUGAUGAUCAACGUACAGUUUCAGAUGGAGAAACUGAUGUUACAUUAGCUCAAUAUGUUCGAGUUUUAAUGAUGAUGUUGUCUGUUUUAUUGGUUUUAGAAGCUGCAUCUCGAUUACAAAAAUAUUAUUCAAGAAAAUUCUAUCGUGAAUUAUCUUCACUAAGUCCACUUAGAUUUCAUCAUCUCAAAUUAAUUCAUAUUGAAAAAAGACUUUGGAGUCUUGUACAAAAACAUUGGUUUAAUUAA